UUAAUUUUCAUUUGAGUCGUUUCGUAUCAGGCGUACUUUCCAUGAAAUUGGUUUAAACUGAGAACGAGGUAAUGCAAGGAAAGUCAGUCUUUUCGGAAUUUUCACUAUAUGGGGAUUUGACAUUUUGGGUUUUAUUUUUUAUAGACUUGAAAUUCAGAAACGCUCGAUAGAGAGGGUGAAUGCUCCUGUUAUGGAAAAAAAGAUUUACUUACUUACAAAAAAACAUUCCUUCGAGCCGGAUUUGAACCAGCGACCUAGGGAUGGCAAUCAUUUCCUCUACAGUCCCCCGCUCUGCCAACUGAGCUAUCGAAGGUUACAUGCGAUGCGUGGCAAAUUUAGAUAGGUGUAUGAAAGACAUCCUUGUAGUUUUGGAUACGUCUUUCUCCAUCGGCAAGACUAAUUUCAUGAAGAAAGUAAAACCAUUUUUGAAGCAUUUGACUAAUCUUCCCGACUUGAAUGUUUCUCCAUCGGGCACUCACAUUGCCAUCAUGACGUUUAGCUCAAUUAAGCAAACAAAGUUAAGGCUGCAUUUCAAAGAGAGUAAACAAAAGAGUCAGUUUUUCCGUAAAAUACAAGCUAUGCGUUGGAAUAAUGUUAAAGGUGGUCACACGAGAACAGAAUUAGCUUUUCAAAAGGCUGGCGAGAUAUUUAAAAAAAAUAACCCACUGAAUCAUCGCAGGCAAUAUGGCGACGUAAUUAUCCUGCUUACUGAUGGAGAACCUCACGGUGUUCAUAUGGCUAAAGAAAAGGCAAUAGCUGAAGCUCAAAUAUUGAAAGAACGAGGAAUUAGAAUAAUAGGACUUGGUGUCGGCAAAGUUAAUAUGAAGACUCUAGAAGCAAUAUCUAGCCCGGGAGAAGCAAUGAUUGCCACUUUUGAAAACAUCAAUUCAAAAUUAAAUCAUCUCGUUCGUGGAUCAUGCUUGAUUAUACCAGGAAUAUCCUGUUCUUGCCCAAUGCUUGAUCUUGGCGACAUUUUUAUCGAUUCUAACAAUCGAGCACAUCGAGUGUUAUGGAGUUUGCCCAACCCCAGCUGCUCAAGAGAUGGUAUAGAAACUAUUCUAGUCAAAACAACGCCAAAUGCUCAGCCUGGAGAUUUAUUUACUCAUGGUAUACAUAAUAUUCAAUAUACAUUUAACGUCAGUGGCAUCAAACAACAGGUCAAAUGCAAUAUAAGUUUCACCAUUAAAGUACUGCACGAAAAAUCUCAAUUAUGUGAUGGUAAAGCUUACUCGACGUCAAAUGAAGUAUGUUGUUGUGGUAUUAUAUACCUGAAGAUGAAAAAUCAUGAGUGCUGUGGAUUAAACUUUUUUUCAAAUACAACUCAUAAAUGUUGUCCAGUAGCAACAGUGCAAAGAUUAAACCAAGCAUGUUUAGGACGUGGUUCUGUGUAGUGCACUGGUUACUAGGACCUUCAAACAUUGGGUAUUAUCCCUGGUUUGAAUGAAAAGAACUGCAAUAAAGUCGUGAUAAAAGCAUUGAGAA